GCCGGGCGGGGCGGAAGAAGCCCGUGCUCCUGAUCGCGGGGAUCCUAGCCAGAGCGUAGCUGUUCCUAGGGAAGGCAGAGCCGCGGAAGCCACCUGCCGAGAAGGAUGCCGGCCUUCAACAGUUUGUUUCCCCUCGUUUCUCUCCUGCUCAUCUACUGGGUCAGCGUCUGCUUCCCUGUGUGUGUGGAAGUGCCCUCCGAGACAGAGGCCGUCCAGGGCAACUCUAUGAAGCUGCGCUGCAUCUCCUGCAUGAAGAGGGAGGAGGUGGAGGCCACUACGGUGGUGGAAUGGUUCUACAGGCCUGAGGGCGGUAAAGACUUCCUUAUCUUCGAGUAUCGCAAUGGCCACCAGGAGGUUGAGAGCCCCUUCCAGGGACGCCUGCAGUGGAAUGGGAGCAAGGACCUGCAAGAUGUGUCCAUCACUGUGCUCAAUGUCACUCUGAAUGACUCUGGCCUCUACACCUGCAACGUGUCCCGGGAGUUUGAGUUUGAGGCUCAUAGACCCUUGGUGAAGACCACACGGCUGAUACCGCUCCGAGUCACUGAGGAAGCAGGAGAAGACUUCACCUCUGUGGUCUCAGAAAUCAUGAUGUACAUCCUCCUAGUCUUCCUCACUUUGUGGCUGCUUAUUGAGAUGAUAUAUUGCUACAGAAAGGUCUCAAAGGCUGAAGAGGCAGCCCAAGAAAAUGCGUCUGACUACCUUGCCAUCCCAUCCGAGAACAAGGAGAACUCCGCAGUACCUGUGGAGGAAUGAAGCGGUAUGACUUAAGGUGGCCUGAACACUGAGAGACUGGAUAUCUCAGGUUCAGUGAUGCUGGUAGCAUCAGGAGUGUGCCCCAGCGGCCCCAUCACUUCCUUCCUGCAACCAUCUUUCCUCUCAUUCAUCACUGAUCCACCCACCUCCGAGCUUUCCCUGCUGACUUCCUAACUCUGUCAGAACUCUACACACCAUAAGACUUUGCCAGAACGAAGGAGCCAACAUUUCUACACAGAUUCAACCUCACCCUGACCUGGCUUUCCAGCAAGCAGCGCCCACGCCUACUGGAUUUCUCAUCUGUGCUCCAAAUAAUGUUGUACAAGUGCUGAAAGUAGCACCUCCCUCUGCCCCAGCUGGCUGGAUCUGGCUCAUUCUCCAUUCCUGCAAGAAAAUGUCUUACUGGUAGGAACAAGUAAUUAGUUGGGUCAAAGCAAAAGCAUGUCAUGUAAUUGAACUCUUUGAAGUCAGUUUUUUCAAGUUCCUGGCCCACUUGGCUAGAACACCAGAGAGAAGCAUGCCUCUAGAUUCUCCAGUGACAAAGAUCCUUAAGCAUGGACUAAAAUGCUCUCUGGAGCUUAACACUCUGGACUAGAUUCCCAUAGGUCUCUGAGGCCUGUACUGGACACAGUCCUGAGAAUCCAAGGGCAGGAGACUUGGGAAGGACCAAGGGCAAUUUAAAUGGCUCAAAAAAGCCAUACAACACAUUCCUGAUCUUACUGGGAUGAUGGAUGUGUGCCCUUCUUAGAGAGUGUAUCGUCUGUGGAUUUGGACUGGAAUGCCUAAAGUCUUCCUCUCAAAAUAUCUGUGGAUCAGUAUUAUUCCUCAUUUUACAGGAAGCAACUGAGAUUCACACAGGGCUUAAAUGGAUGAGAAACUUGAGACAAAAGGGAGCGGUGAUAAGCUUUAGGUGCUGCCCCGUUACUUCCAGGGAUAGACUGUUUUGUCUUUGAAAAGACUUUGACAUUGAGCUUGGCUAUAGCUACGCCUCUUGCAGAAGCAUAAAUUUGGGGUGGAUGAUCCAGCUGGGGUUAACUAUGAUAGAUCCUAGAAACUAGAAACUGGCCAAGAAAGCAGAGAUGCGGACAUGAGAUAGGCCAAGGAUUUCCUACAAAAAUUUGUGAAUAUGAAAUAUCUUUCAGAAUGAGAUUACAUCUUAGAAUGAUAUUCAAAUUAAGAGAAAUGCCUUUUAAGAUGAGCAUUUUCACACAUGCUUACAAUCUGAGAGGCUGAGGCAGGAGGAUCAUGAGUUUGAGCCCUCUUUGGGCAAUUUAGUAAUACAGAA